CAUGAAUUCAAAGUCCUUUAGUCUUGCAAAUCACAACUGCAGUGUACUAUAUGCAAAAGCCAAUAUUAACAUCGGAUCAGACAUCUAAAACUUAUUCUAAGAGUGUCUUUGUGCAAAAACGCUUAAUACUAGUCAGAAAGGUUUUUGUCUCUUAGAGACAAAAGAUUUUAGUACAAGUUCAUUUUCAAGUGGUAGCCCGUUUGUAUAAAAGGACGCAAGAUGCGCCUUCGAAAGUAUCACUCUUGCAGCAGUUGAACAGAGCAAAGUUGUCAGUUGAGGAAAAGCAGCGAAGAAAAAAAUUAUGUCUUUAAAAAUUGUUGUUUUAAUGUUGGUCGCUGGCCUCGCACUGGCUAAAGUUGGUAAGUACCUCUUGGGAGUGAUAGAAUUAUCCACGGCUUACUAGACCAGCUCUUGGAAGAACAUGUUUAUAGAAUUAAUAAAGCUAUCCAGUAUUUAUAGUUAUAGUUUAGUUUAGAUUUCCUUCUGUAAUAACACUGAAUCAAUAAGAGAUGAUCCUUACUGGACCUCUGGAACGAACGUUUAGAACUGAUAGAGUUAUCCAGUAUCGAAAUAAAGUUAGUUUAGUUUAGGUUUCCUCCUGUAGUAACACUGGAUCAAUAAGAGAUGAUCCUUAUUGGACCUCUCGGACAAACAGUUCAGAAAUGAUAGAGCUGUCCAGUAUAAAAAAUUAUUGAAAGUUAGUAAUUAGUUUAGAUUUCCUCGUGUAAUAACACUGCAUAGAUCAAUGGAUGUUCCUUAUACUUGACCCCUAUUAAUACUGGAAGAGGCGCUUAUAUUCUUUCUUUCUUUACUUCGUUCUUAUAUAGAUGAAUUCGGCAACGACUAUGAAACGCCUGAGAAAAAAGAAACCUCAAAUGAUGCGGAAGAACCGAAGAUGAUCAUGGAAGACAUGAACAGUGAAACGUCGACAGCUCUUGUACAAAACGACGCCAAUGACCCUGAUUCAAUCAAGAAUAAAGGACGUACGUUUGUUCAGCUUUUUUGUCAUACAUUUCAGUCCCGGAACUAUAGGAUUUGAGAUUUACCGCGCGAGUUGUGCGCCAAUUAGAUACUGCCUAUAAGAAAAUUCUUCAUUUUCUAAGGCUUAUAGAAACGCUAUUUUCUGCAUUCUUGAAACAGUUAACGUUAGAACAAAAAGUCGAUGAUAAACAGCGAUAAAAUGACUCUUUCUAUAUUCAUAGUCUAUCUACAAUUACAAAUAUUCAUGGUCCGAUAUGAUCAGGUCAUCAGGUGUAUAAUAAGAAAGUGUUUGUGGUAAUAUUUGGGACGCUAAUUCCAACACGUUUCUUUCCUUGAACAAGAAGUUUUUCUGUUUCAAAUUUUUUCACGAAAAUUCGUGAAUUAAAUCGGUUGAUUUUGCACGAAAAUUCUUGAUGACUCAUGGAUUAACUCGGUUGACUCAUAGUUACGAAUAAUUUGCCUUGAAUUUACAGAUCGAAAAUAUAGCUGAAAAUAUAAGCGUAAAAUGUGGGUUUAAGAUGUAUUUUAAUGAACAGCAAUGUAGUAUUUUACUGACAUGUUUUUCUGUUUCCAAAUACUUCUAUAGUUUGUCAUUGGGGCAUCGCUGUUUGGUACAAGCCCGGAUUCGCUAUUCGCUGUGGUUGUAUGAAAUGGUGAGUACAUCUAAACUCUUCAUUGCCGACGUACAAUGCGCGCAAGCACACGCGCUAAGACCAUUUUCAUUUUAUACGUUCACGUUUCGCUCAGGUAAAGGCGACCACCAAUAGGCACCCACAGGGGCGUUGCCAGCCCCAAUGUAAGGGGGGGGGCAUUUUAGACAAUGUUUUGUGAUAAUCUGAAAACCGCAGAUUUUGUAUAUUUUAUGUCGUAAUGAAAGCAUUACGAAUUUACGCCCCCACCGCCUAACCCCAGUUUCUCCACAGGUUUGGAAAAAUUACAAAAUUGGUCCCGACGAAAAGUGUGUAGGGGGGGGGAUCACUCAACUUACACAGAAAAAGUGCUGUUGCUGGACGAUCGAUGAAUUUACUCACUCUACAAAAAGAAGUCAAAAAAUAUCCUACCCUGAAUCUUAUUACUAAGUGACUCAGAAUUAACUGACAUUUCCUAUUGUUUAGUUCCUGCGCGUCUGGUGGUAACUGGGCUUGUGCUUAUGAAUUCUCAUACUGUCCAUACUUCUGUAAGUAUAUUGUGUAUAUAACUAGUGUUGCGUUGCAAUCACUGAUCUCUAAUAAGCCAGUAAAUUAAAUGCUAUCUUGAAAUGUAUAUUGAACCGUCAAGUACAAAAACUGCAGCAUAUAAUGAAAAGGAUUAGAAUCACAAUUCUCUUUCUUUCUACUAGAUUGUGGCAACCAAAUCUACAAUCCUUCUACUCAAAUCUGUUGCUGUGGUAAAGUGCACUCUAAGAAAUCCAGUUAUUCAUGCUGUGGUUACUUCUACUACGAUACCAGAGUAUCACAAUGUUGUAAUUACUACUCUGUCAAGCCAAGGAAGGCCAAAUGCCCACGCCACCGCGUUUAAGUUGUGAGCAGUUUGACCACUCAAGGACACAUAAAGAAAUUUGUGUUUGAUAGAGUAUUUCAUUACAUUAUAUAAAGAGCUAGUUGAUUAUGUUAGUUAUAUAUCUGCAUGUUUACAGUAUGACGUACAAAGCUCAGAUGUAAAUUUCUGUUCAUAGUAUAUUACCAUUUUUUCUUAAUAAACUAAGAAUGAAU